GGCGUUAAUAGGGGACGAUGGACUAGAUAGAUGAAGAGUUUGUGUUUGAUGAACCGGAGAAUAACGUUUAUAGCUUGAAGAUACGGCAUUUUUUGGGCGAUAGUUUGUAAAUUGGUAAUGAGACACUCUCUUUUCCCCUUCCAUGAGUAUAACCGCCUUAGACAAGGAGGUAAAUACUUCGUCCAUGCCUGGGCGAAGCUAACGCGCCCGUGUCGUCUCGUCUUAGAAGGAGAGCUAAGAUUGAUCAGUUACUUUACAUUUUACAUAUCGUGGUUGCGCACCUACCGGUCAUUUAGCUUUAUACUCAACAGAAGAUUUGCAACUCGUUUUCCCGCAGUCUUUUACUUUGUAUAUGUAGCUAGUCCCAUCAUCACUUCGUAUUCCCGUCCUCAACCAGCACGCGUUUACGGGGUCGUUGGCUUCUGCGGUGGCCAUUUCGUCGUAUAUAUCGGGUUCGGACAAGUAAGGCAGGAGCCGUGUUUUCGUGAAGGGUUUGUUUAUGUGCUCGUAGUAAGGAAUGACGGUAGGCAGAGUGGCGUUUUAUCUAUGAGCAGGCGCUGCCUCGCAGAGAGGAUGGCUGCAAUGCCCGGGCUGGCGGUAGAGCACACGAGGAUAUUUGCACCACACGAGCGUGCAACAAACGACGGGUAGGAGCAUGCUUGGUAGCACAGUCCCGUGCCUUUUCAGCCGAUUGUAGACAUGCUAACGGCAGCAUGCAGGAUAGUCUUCGUGAUCGCCGAUCAGGAUCCAACCACCUACCGUUCACUGCGCACUUUCGCAACGCUCCCGCCUCCACCGUGACGCCCGCACAACACCUACCGC